AGUCUAUAAAAGGAGACGGGAACUGCCCCCUGGCUUUCAGGCUCCAACAUCUUCCUUUUGCCAAGAUGCUACAGCUAAAACUCUUUGCAGUGCUUCUGACUUGCCUGCUGCUGCUGGGCCAGGCCCAAAGCUCCCCAGUACCAGAACUGAGUUCAGCAAAGAGAACCCGGAGAAUGACCCCAUUUUGGAGAGGGGUUUCCCUCAGACCCAUUGGUGCCUCAUGUCGGGAUGAUUCGGAGUGUAUCACAAGACUAUGCAAAAGACGACGCUGUUCCCUGAGUGUGGCCCAGGAGUGACAGUCAUACUGGGGAAGUCACCUCCAACAGUGCUCCGUUCUAUGGAAUAUUGUUAACUGCAUUUUGGUUGGAGAAACUUAAGUGAAGCAAUCUUGUGUUUUUAAUAUUUAAAGACAGAUACUUGCUUUAAA